CCUCGCACUUUAUCGACCCCCGACCCGCUAGACUAACAUAUCAGAGAGCGGUAGCGAGGACAAGCCUAUCUCGAACCUCCCCCGUCCCCAUGUCGCCCUUCUUCUCAUCCCAAAUGUGCGAACCCGGCCGCCUCCUCGUCCUCCGUCACCAGCCAGCUCCCCCGUCGGUUUCUAAGCCUCCCGCGCACAGCCAUCUCAGAGUUCGUGCUUUCCUUGCCGGCGCUGCCGAGCACACCUACGGGCCUCCUCCCGCCGAAGCACGCCGCCGUCGUCCUCCUGCGCUCUGCUGGACUGACAAGGCCCUUUUUGGCAUAUCAUCAAAGAGAGGAUGGGUCGUCUAUGCUGCAAAAAAUGCAGAAGAAGCUUUCUGUUACUCUUCUGACAAGGAUGAAAGGAGCAGCAGGAAUUUGCUUCUGCAAUUCAGUGCACUUCCAUGUUGCACUAUGGCAUGGUUGAGUACUGCACCAUCAGCACAGUCUAGUGUAGGAGCAAAGAUUAAUAUGGUUUAUGAGGUUGGAGAGCUGUUUGAGUUGGGAAUUCAGCUGUCUUAUUUGCUCAUACUACUUGGUCUGCUUGGAGCUGGAACAUUUUUCGUUAUUCGUCAGGUUCUUGUUCGCAGGGAGCUGGAUCUUUCUGCCAAAGAGUUGCAAGAACAAGUGAGAAGUGGUGAUGCAAGUGCUACAGAGUAUUUUGAGCUUGGAGCAGUUAUGCUACGGAGAAAAUUUUACCCAGCCGCUAUCAAAUAUCUACAGCAAGCAAUCCAAAAAUGGGAUAGAGAUGAGCAAGAUCUUGCACAGGUGUACAAUGCCCUGGGAGUCAGCUAUAAGCGAGAUAACAAACUUGACAAGGCAAUCCAGCAAUUUGAAAAGGCCGUGGAGCUUCAGCCAGGCUACGUGACAGCUUGGAACAACCUCGGCGACGUAUAUGAGCAGAAGAAAGACCUGAAGUCAGCACUCAAGGCCUUCGAGGAGGCACUUCUCUUUGAUCCGAACAACAAGGUUGCAAGGCCACGGCGAGAUGACCUUAAGCAGCGUGCUAACAUGUACAAGGGUGUUCCAGUAAAAUCUGAAAAGCGGUAGCCGUGUCUUAGUUUUGUGACAUCACGCGUGUCCUCAAUUUUUGAAAGGUAGCAUUUGUAAACAUGUUGAGAAGCUGUACCAUUGGAAUGGUUCAUGAAAAUUUGCAGUUGUAAUAUGUUUUGCUUGUAGGAGCAAAGAUUGUAGAAUUUCAUGCGA